CCGCGCGGAGCCGUACAUUUACGCUCGUAGCAAAAGAGAAAGUAACGAGGAUGGUGCGGGCGGCGCGCGGCGCGGCCGGGGCGCGGGGCGGGCGGCGGCGGCGGCGGGCGGCGCGCGCGGGCGAGCGGCAGCUGCGGGGGGCCGGGCCGGGCCGGGCCGCGACCCGACCCGUCCCGACGGUAGAUCUUGAGUUCUUCUUGCUUUGCUAGUGCUCAGCCUCCUCAUGCCUCCGUCUCCUUUAGACGACAGGGUAGUAGUGGCACUUUCAAGGCCAGUGAGACCUCAGGAUCUCAACCUUUGUUUAGACUCUAGCUAUCUUGAAUCUGUCUCUUCUGCCAGUGAGAGCCACUCCAGUCUGCUUGGCACCACUGUUGUGUCCCUCAAGACUGCUAAUCUCACGUAUAUGCCCUCAUCUAACGGCUCUGCACGCUCCCUGAGUUGUGGAUGCAGCAGUGCCAGUUGCUGCACUGUGGCAACAUACGACAAGGACACUCAGGCCCAAACUCAAGCGAGCACCAGCAGCGCCCACGCCGGAGCCUCUACCGCCUGCCCUGCCAACCAGAUGGUCAACAGCAAUGAGAACGCCGGCAGCUUGAGCCCGCUGGGUGGAGUGGGAAGCCCGGUCUCGGGCACAACCAAGCAACUAGCUAGCAUAAAAAUUAUUUACCCCAAUGAUCUGGCAAAGAAGAUGACCAAAUGCAGCAAGAGCCACCAACAGAACCAAGGGCCUGUCAUCAUUGACUGCAGGCCUUUCAUGGAGUAUAAUAAGAGCCACAUUCAAGGGGCUGUUCACAUUAACUGCUCUGACAAGAUCAGCCGGAGAAGGCUCCAGCAGGGCAAGAUCACUGUCUUGGACUUGAUCUCCUGUCGGGAAGGCAAGGACUCAUUCAAGAGGAUCUUUUCCAAAGAAAUCAUAGUUUAUGAUGAGAAUACCAAUGAGCCAAGCAGAGUAAUGCCUUCCCAGCCGCUCCACAUAGUGCUGGAGUCACUCAAGCGAGAAGGCAAGGAACCCCUAGUCCUGAAAGGUGGCCUCAGCAGUUUCAAACAGAACCAUGAAAACCUCUGCGACAACUCCCUCCAGCUGCAAGAGUGCCCCGAAGGGGGAGGUGGCGGCGCGUCUGCGGUGCCCCUCACGCUACCUCAGUCCAUCCCCACCACGCCGGACAUCGAGAACGCCGAGCUCACCCCCAUUCUGCCCUUCCUCUUCCUCGGAAAUGAGCACGAUGCUCAGGACUUGGAGAAAAUGCAGAGGUUGAACAUAGGCUAUGUAAUCAAUGUGACCACCCACCUGCCCUUGUAUCAUUACGAGAAAGGCAUAUUCAACUACAAGCGGCUCCCAGCCACUGACAGCAACAAGCAAAAUCUCAGGCAGUAUUUUGAAGAGGCUUUUGAAUUCAUUGAGGAAGCUCACCAGUGUGGAAAAGGUCUUCUAAUUCACUGCCAGGCUGGUGUAUCCCGAUCUGCCACCAUAGUUAUAGCAUACUUAAUGAAGCACACACGCAUGACCAUGACGGAUGCCUAUAAAUUUGUAAAAGGCAAACGACCAAUCAUUUCUCCUAAUCUUAACUUUAUGGGGCAGUUACUGGAGUUCGAAGAAGAUCUAAAUAAUGGUGUUACACCACGAAUUCUCACACCAAAGUUGAUUGGCGUAGAAACUGUAGUGUGACCGUGAAGCUACAAGGAGGCGGUUAAUGAAGGGAUUAACAUAUUCUUCACCAGAUUUAGGGCAGUGAUGGGUGGGUUGUGGGUUUUUCUUUUUAGGUUUUGGGGGGUUUUGUGGCAAAACUUUUGUGAAUAAAAAACUUUUUUUUGUAAGGAAAGGUUUUUAAAAGAGAUCCAGGCACUUUGCAGUGUUUGGAAUGCUGUUGUGAUUUCCUUCCCAGGGACUGACAAAGCAGGGAGGCUUUGGAAGCAAAAGGAGUACUUUUAAAAAUCCAAACAAGAAGAAGAAAUAUUGGGCUUUUUUUCCCCUCUCCAGCUACUUGUAGAAUUUAUGGCUAAGUAGUCUGUGCAGGUUCAUAGACUGAAGAAAUGUAAGUUGAAGACAAAACACAAACAGCCAAAACAAAGCAGAGAAAACUCCCUGAAACAUAAGGGCCUUCGUUCUGCAAAGGCUUUGCUAGAUAUAACUUAGCAAAAUGCUCACUGAUGCAAAGGAGAUCAGAGCAGCUUAAAAAGUCUGCAAGGCACUUUUCAUACUCCUGAGUCAAACUGAAGAUGAAAAAAAAAGUUUAUUUGGUGUGUUUCAUGUUCCAGGUCUAUUUUUCUAUUUUGGGGUGUAAGGUUUUAACAGUAAGGGACUUUGAUCAUUCUAUGCCAUAUGCCUUCACUGGCUUCUUGUGCAAUAAUAAUUUGGGGUUUGUUUUGAGUGUUCAGACUGAUUAGAGUUGGCUGUCCCCUAAUAAUAAGAUAAUAAUUUUUAAAGUUUAAUAGUGCAACGGCAGCCAGCUUGGUUCAGAAAGGAUAAAUGAAAGCAAUUAUUUUGUUCCUUUUUAUGAUUUUUGUCCUGGUUACAGUGCCAUAAACCUUGUUACAUAUGUAUAUCAGAAUGUACAAAAAAUCCAGAACGAGCAAAGUUUAUUUAAGAAUAUUUUUCGCACAAAAUAUUGGUGUGUUUCAGUUGUCUAUGUAAAAAAAAAUUUGAUUAUAAAAACAAAAAACCUUUUGGAAAAUGCGUGUCCUUUUAUUUCUUUAGCAGUUUUCCAUUUGCUUUCUAUGGGAUGGGUUUUAGGUUUUUUUGUUUGUCUGUUUUUAGUGUGCAUUUCCCUUUGACAAAACUGAUAUCCCUUGUUUGACAUCUCCUCCUCUUCAGUGUUUCCUUUCUGUCCUCUGCUGGUGGAAUGUAUUUUCCUUAUUUUCUACUGUACUCUCACAUCUUUUAAUUUCUGUAACCAUAAUUUUCUCUCCUUCUGGAAGUGCAUCAAACUUGGAGCUGUUCAGCUGAAUUAGUACUCUUGGUGAGGGCUUUUUGGGUUAGACCUGGUAUUUCUGCAGCUCAAUAGCCGUUUGGAAAAAUAAGAAAUAAAGUUUUUUCCACUGAUUCCUUUCCAUCUCCAUGCAAUUAGCUUAUCUUCUAUGUUUCAAAGCUGUCUGGUUUCUAGGAAUACAUUGGUCUCUUGUGUGCUUUACCUGGCUUCCCUGUAGCCCACUGCUGUAGCAAGUUGCACAAUUCCUGCCUGUGCUGGUUUCUUUCCCUCUCUUUUGCACAUCUUUCCUUCGUUGCUCUCUUUUUCUAGUUGCGUCAGUGUUAAGUGUGGUGUGUAGUGUAGGGUUGAUGUUUCUGGCUGAUGGUGUCCCUUAGGUGGCUGACCUCAUUUGUUUUGCUUUUUUGUUUGUGUUUAAUUUUUUUUUUUAAUGAUAUGGUAUAACCUGAUCUCCUCUGGACUGUUAUCAACUCAAAAUUUAUUUGUACGAGCCUAAAAUGAGUUAGAAAACGUUUCUCGUAUGAUUCUGUUGUGCAAACUGAUAUAUCCCAGGAAGCCCGAUAGCAGUGAAGGUUUCUCCUAAAUCAAAACCUAUGUGGACUGAACUGAGUUUAAAACAGGACCUGUCAGAAAAUUUAUGUAUAAUCACAUUAGACAUGUAUAUUUUUGUGGACAUUUUACUUAAAAUGUUGUUACUAUACAGAUAUUUUCUUGAAACUUAUCCCUUUAUUAAAUUAUUUUUCUACUGGAA